UAAACAAACGGAUGAGGAGGUGAGGCAGCGGUGUUCUGCCUUUAUUCUGACAUUUCUACCUAAGCAAUAAUGCAGUCUUUGAAGAGGAGUGAGAGCGAUUGGCAGGGACUGGUCAAUGAGUUCCUGGUGUGCAAACGCAAGCUGGAGAGUAAGAAGGAAGCACUGCUCAUCCUGUCCAAGGAGCUGGAUACGUGUCAGCAGGAGAGAGACCAGUACAAGCUGAUGGCCAAUCAGCUUAGAGAGCGCCACCAGGGACUGAAGAAGAAGUACAGGGAACUUAUUGAGGGAGAUCCUUCCUUGCCUCCAGAAAAACGUAAUCAGGUGAACCUGGGUCAGCUGUUGAGGGACUCCAGGGAACGAGUGAAACAGCUCACUGAGGAGGUGAAGGACCUCACUCAGAGGCUGGCGGAGGCUCAGGGGGAUAACAAGCUGCUGAGGAUGACCAUCACUAGACAGAGGCUGGGGGAUGAAGAAGUGGGGGUUCGCCACUUUCCCGCACACGAACGUGAGGACUUGGUUUCUCAGCUAGAAAGAGCAGGGCGACAGAUGGAGGAGAUGGAGCACAGCAUCAAAGCCCUGACAGACGAGUUACAGGACGUUAAAGCAGAACGCAUGGUGUUCAGGGAGAAGGCUGAGCGGCUAAAUGUUGAACUGAACCACGUUCUAGGAAACCACGAGACACGCAUCAUUGACGUGGACGCGCUUUGCAUGGAAAACAGGUAUUUACAUGACCGGCUCUCACAACUCCAGGAGGAGGUGAACCUGCUCAAAUCAAACAUCAUGAAGUACAAGACAGCCCUGGAGAGGAGGAAAAACUCCAGCACAUAUGGGAGAUCAAACAGCAUUCCCCUUACAGGAGUGCUGUCAGCCAAACAAGUCCAGGAGAUGCUCCUGGAGGAGCAGGGCUGCAGCUUGCCUGCCACGCCUCAGUCCAUAGCCGACCUCAAGUCCCUUGCUACCGCUCUGCUGGAAACCAUUCAUGAGAAGAAUCUGGUCAUCCAGCACCAGAGGCACACCAACAGGAUCCUGGGAAACAGAGUUGCAGAUUUGGAGAGGAAGUUAAAGACGUUGGAGGUCUCAGGAUUGUGGAGUUUACCAGGCUUGACCUACCACGUAUCAGUGGGAAUUGGGAGAACCAGGGACAACAUGGUGCUUAAUGAAAAUCUACAGCCAGAGCUUCAUCCAACAUGUGCCACGUCUUUGGCAAACACGCAGCCCCUCAAAGAUGACAGAAGUUCACAUGAAUCAUCUUGGGAAUGCCACACCGCUGGCAGUGACCUUGGCACAGAUGGCGCCAGCAGGGAAGACGCACCUGCACUGCUCAGCAGCCUGGAUCCUUUCGCAGGCGUGGAGACGGAUGGGAUUGACGGGAGAGAGGGAGAAAUCGUGACCCUGAGAGACGAUCCGGAGCUGGAGGCUGGACGGAGUCCGGUGGAGGAGGCAGGGCGUGAGGAGGAGGGAGUAGAGGAUGAGGAGCUGGGUUCCUCCGUGGAGGAAGGAGAAGAAGCCGCUGUGGCACUAGAUCUUCGUCCGACUGAGUCAAAGCUUCAGUGGCUUUCCAUCACACAGACCUCUGUCUGUUAUUCAGAGGUCCCCUGCCAAGACAGUGAGUCUAAUGAUGCGCUUGAACAUGAAGAAGACUCUGCAUCAACUCCAAAGAGUCAGGCCACAGACGGAUCGAGCAACACUGAGUGGGACAUUCACUGCUCGUCCGCAGCUGGCAUGGUCUGAUGUCAUGAAAAGAUAGGAAAACAUCUCUUUCUUGUCGUUGUUAUUGAUGAUUACAUUAAUCAUCCCUAGUUGGAAUCCCACUGCUUUGCCUCUGCUCAUUAACUUCCUUCCACACUGAGCAGCUCGCUUUCAGUCGAUAAAACAGAGAAAACACUUUUUUUCCUCCUUUUUUUUUUAACCAGAUGCUGCUGACAAAGCCAGAGGUGCACUCUGCAACCAGCCUGUCGUCGCGCUGCAGCAAAAAAUCUUCCAAUCCGUAGACAGGCAAACCUAAUGCCCUGCAGAAAAAUAAAAACAAGUGAUCAGCUUGUGUGUUCUAUAUCUUGUCGCGUUCCCCUGUGUGGAGAUAAUCCCAGUUGUUUGCUUUAUUCCUCUGAAUGCUAAGGAAUGUCAAUAAACUCAGAGCUGCAUUUCUUGGGGUCCCUUCCAAAAGGGAUUCCAAAUUUGUGGUGAACCAAAACUUGUAGAUGUGUUGGAUACUUUUAAAUUUAUUGUAUCACAUUCAUUUGGGUAAUAUCUGUUAAUCUAAAUCUGGCCUAUUUCUUUUUUUUUUGGGGGGGGUGAUAUGCUCGGAUGUGACUUA